AUGUCUCCCCAGGCCCUGGUUUCUGCUUCUGGCACAAGGUAUUCUGUCCAGGCUGAGGAGUUGCCCGGGGCUGGAGGCCUGUCCCUGCAGGCAGAGACCCUAGCUUGGUUCCGGAAGACACAGGCCCACUGGCUCCUGAAGCGCGGGGAAGCCCCUGCCUGGUUCCAUGGCUUCAUCACCCGGAGGGAGGCUGAGAGGCUGCUGGAAACGAAGCCCCAGGGGUGCUACUUGGUGCGAUUCAGCGAGAGCGCGGUAACCUUCGUGCUGACUUACAGGAGCCGGGCUUGCUGCCGCCACUUCUUGCUGGCCCAACUGGGCGACGGGCGCCACGUGGUGCUGGGCGAGGACAGCGCCCAUCCGAGCCUGCAGGACCUGUUGCGGCACUACACCGCCUGCCCGCUCAAUCCCUACGGGGAGGUGCUUACCCUGCCCCUCGCCCGUCAGACUCCAAACCCCACUGGACUUUCUUUAAAGAUUGAACCUGACUCCAGAAGCAAAAGCCAGGACCGACACCCCCAAUAUAGUCCAAUCCUCAAAAAGGAGCAGCCUACAACCCCUACGCAGAAACAGGGGGCAGAGGAGCCUAAAGAGCCCUCCCAACUUCCCAGGACCAAGCCUCUCCUCCCAGCCAAGCCUCAAGUGUCUCCUGAAGACUACACCAGCCCCGCUCAAAGGCCCCGCCCAGCUCCACCCCCCAAGCCCUCCAACCCCAUCUAUCACGAGCUUGAAGACCCCAUCGCCUUCUAUGCCAUGGGCCGGGGCAGCCCUGGAGAGGCCCCUGGCAAUAUUUAUUCCGAGGUGGAGUUGGAGGUCUCUUCAGGGAGUCAGGACCAGAAGACUGUCGGCCAGCGCCAAGCACUACGCAAAUGUCGGUCCAGGCCUAUCCCCGGAGGCCAGAAUCUGGGUGGCCAGCAAUUGGGCUCUGAAAACUCUGUGGCUAGACAGGGCCCUCUGCUGCCCCAUCAGCCCCUGCCCCGCGGGGGGCACACUCUGCCCCAUAACCUUGCCAAACAAGUGCUCCAGGAGAGAGGUCAGGCAUGGCUCCCCCUGGGGCCCCCUCAGUAA